UUCCAUGCCAAAAAAGUAUUAGCGUUGGGUUUGUGGUAUCCAAUUUUGACAAGAAGUUUUUAACGAAGGUUAGGCCAUCCGAUGCAUUUCGUCCUCCCUUAAAGCACAACUCUAUGGACUCUGGAUCAAUAUCAAGAAGGGGGACAAAUUGUUUUAGAUAUCGCCCUUUGCUGUCCGAGACGAGAAUGACCUUUUUGUCCAGGACUCAUCCAAAUUACUGCAGCGAUGCAAGUCAACAUCAGCCCAAGAUGCUGUACGAAGUCUGAGAGGUGGCGACAGACUCCACGGAUACACUGUGAAACGGGUGGUUGAGAUUCCUGAGCUAAUGACCACAGGUGUGAGUCUAGAACAUGAUAAAACUGGUGCCCAGCAUUGCCACUAUGCCCGUGAGGACAGUAAUAACACAUUCAGUGUGAUGUUCAGGACUACUCCUAUGGAUAGUACCGGUGUGCCCCACAUCCUUGAACACACUACCUUAUGUGGAUCACAAAAGUACCCUGUGAGGGACCCUUUCUUUAAAAUGCUCAACAGGACACUAGCCACUUUUAUGAAUGCCAUGACAGCUAGUGACUGGACGCUCUACCCUUUCUCCACACAAAAUCAGAAGGACUAUGAAAACCUCAUGUCUGUAUACCUGGAUGCUGUUUUCUUUCCUCAACUCCGGGAGUUGGACUUUAGUCAAGAAGGAUGGCGCUUGGAACAUGAAGAUCCCAAUAACUCGGAAUCGCCAAUCAUCUUUAAGGGCGUGGUCUACAACGAAAUGAAGGGAGUGUUUUCAGAUUCCUUGAACAUAUUCAUGCAAGCUGUCCAGAAUAAACUAAUGCCAAACCAUACGUAUGGAGUGAUAUCGGGGGGCGAUCCCCCGGCCAUCACAGAUCUCACCUGGCAACAGCUCAAGGACUUCCAUCAUUCUCACUACCACCCAACAAACUCAAAGUUCACAACCUAUGGUGACCUUCCGUUAGAGCGCCACCUGGAGCUGAUUAACGGCAAUUACCUGGAGAAGUUUGACAGAAUCAAUAUUGACACACGAGUGCCACUGCAGCAACGAUGGAGUGAGCCUAGGGCAGCACGUAUCACAUGUCCCCACGACCCAACAGCAAGCGAGAAGCAGACGAUAGUCUCGGCCAGUUUCCUGCUGUCAGAAAUUUCUGAUGUAUUUGAAUCUUUCACCAUGAAUGUCAUUAGCACCCUUUUGACCGAUGGAGAAACAUCCCCUUUUUAUCAAGCUCUACUCGAGGCAAAUAUUGGCUCUGAUUACGCCCCUCUGACUGGAUACCAGGAACAGAUGAAGGAAGCAGUCUUUUCUGUCGGACUACGCGGUAUCCAUUCGGACGAUGUAGACAAGGUCAAGGACAUUAUCACUGCGACCUUUGACAAGGUCAUCAGUGAGGGCUUCGACCAGAAGAAUAUAGAUGCCCUGCUACAUCGUCUUGAGUUGGGGCUGAAACAUCAGGCCAGAAACUUUGGACUCAACAUGGCAUUGAAUCUGGCAUCAGUAUGGAACCAUGAUGGGGACCCAAUGUUGGCACUGCAGAUCAACAAUCACAUUACACGGUUUAGACAGGCCAUGGCUGACAACCCAAACUUCCUUCAGGACAAGGUCAAGGAGCACUUCAAGGACAACCAACACUGUCUUGUGACCACCAUGGAGCCAGACAAAGACUUCGAGGAGGGCAGAACCAAGGAGGAGGCUGAGAGGCUGAAAAGGCAUGUCAGUCAGCUGACCACAUCUGACUGCAAGAAUAUUUUUGACACAGGAAAGAAACUGCUGGAAAAACAAAUGUCUCCUGAGGAUUUGGAUUGUCUUCCCACAAUCCACCUGCACGAGAUUGAGAGAGGAAUAAAGCCAGAACCAGUAGAAACCAUAGAAUUAGGAGGUGUACCGGUACAGAAAUGUGAAGCGCCAACCAACGGGGUAUCGUACCUGACGAUGAUAUCAAACCUAGCCUCAGUGUCGGAUGAUCUUAAACCCUACGUACCUCUCUUCUGUAACGUCAUCACAAAGAUGGGAGCAGGAGAUUAUGAUUAUAAGUCUCUCUCACAGGACAUUGACUUAUACACGGGGGGACUGUCUGCUGGAGUUCAUGUCAAGGCUCAUCACACAGACGACAACACGUACGAACAGGGAUUAAUGUUUUCCUCCUACUGUCUGGACAGGAACUUGGAGAAGAUGCUGGGACUUUGGACAGAUGUAUUUACAAGACCAGACCUUAAAGAUAAUGAACGAUUCUUGACCUUGGUCAACAUGACUGCUGCUGAGAUGUCAUCGUCUAUAGUCAACAUGGGUCAUUCUUUUGCCAUCAGUCACUCAAGGGCAGGUCUGACCCCAACAGGAUUCCUACAGGAACAAUUUGGAGGCAUGACACAGGUGGAGCUUUUGAAUUCUAUUGUUGGAGGUGAACAAGAGUCAGUGUUCAAGGUCGUGGAUCAAAUGGAGAAGAUCGGCAAAUGUUUAUUGAAUAAAUCGAACCUAAGGGUUGCUGUGAAUACGACUCCUGAAUCCAUGGGUACAACUUUGAGAUCUGUGGAAGGAUUUCUGUCUUCGUUACCCGGGGAUAACUCUUCCUCCAACUUUCUGACGAAGGACACUGAGUACAAAGUGACGGAAUCACAGACACAGUUUGAGCGACCAUUCUCCGUUAAUUACAUGGGAAAGUCUUUUCUAACAGUGCCUUAUACUCAUGAAGAUUUCCCAAGAUUACGAGUUCUUGCCAAAUUGAUGUGGGCAAAGUUUUUACACAGAGAAAUCAGGGAGAAAGGCGGGGCCUACGGUAGUGGAGCGGUCUGCUCCGAUGGUGUCUUCUCUCUCUUCUCAUACAGGGAUCCUAACUCUCUGAAAACCCUCGAAGUGUUUGACGAAGCUGUCAAGUGGCUUUGCAGGGGAGACUACACUCACGGCGACGUGGAUGAGGCAAAGCUAUCAGUUUUCCAAGAGACAGACACACCUGUUACUCCAGGAAAAAUAGGGAUGACACGGUUUACCGGUGGAGUAACAGACGAGAUGAAACAAACGAUGCGAGACCAGUUAUUCCAGGUGUCCAAAAAUGAUGUUACUACCGUCGCUCUCAGGUAUUUGAAGAAAGGUCAAAGGUCAAAUGCAGUAUCCUUCCUGGGCCCAGCCAAUGAAAGUGUACAAGAGGAUAAGAAAUGGAAAAUCAUCAAGAAUUGAAAAAGAUAAUUAUUCACUCACGCCUUUUUGGAUCAAACAAUAGCAUUUAAAAAUAAAUGUUAGCUAAAAGAAAUCUGUGUGUCAGAUUUCCUGGAUGUCAAUAUUUCAUACAACAAUAAAUUAUGAAGGGAGAUGAUUUGAUUGUUCAUCCCCAUGCACUGUUGUCAUUAGUGAUGGGCUGAUGAUCGAUUAUGAUAAAAAAAAUAGAUUGGUUUGCAGUUUCUGAUACUGAUUAUCAAUUACAAAUUCAAUAAUCGAUGUAAUUGCUUCAUUACUGAACUCAAGUGGCAAAUGUAAACAAUGAAGUAUUGCACCGAAAGGCAAUUAUUUUUAUGAUUUCUAUUACACGUAUAUGAUUAAUGGUAAUGUAGAAAACAAAUCAAAACUACAUGAAAGUUGCUUGUUAUCCAUUCUUUAUAAAGGAUAGAAAACUGAUAUAUAAUAGAUAACUCUGUCUAUUGAUGUAAAAAUAGUGUUCUCACUUUAUUCGGGUAUUCUGUCCAAUAAAAUUAUAAACCGAUUAUGCAAUUGAUCAAUGAUUGGUUUACUAAUUCAGAUAACAAACCAAAUAUUGAUUAUGAUUUGAGACUGAUUGCCUAUCACUAGUUGUCGUGUAUGAUCAAAUGUUAUUGUCUUUUACGUUGUUUCUUUAGAAUAAUCACUGCAUCUAAAAACAAUUGCUAUUAUUCAUAAAAUAAAAUAAAAAUCCCAUUAUGGAAUUUUGCAUAUGUUAGUUGUGAAUGACAAGUUUGAAUGUAUAGUUACAUCAGAUUUCAUAGCUCAUGUAUCAAUGAGUGUGGCUGUUUCAGCGUUAUAGUACAUUUCUCUUUAUAUCAUGUGCUAAUUAGCAGAGUAAAAUGUGAUAUAUAAAGAUGUGAUUUUAACAGUAACAUUAAUAGUUUAAUUGCUUGUACAUGUAUGUAACACUUUCAAGAAAAGUAGUUUAAUUUACCGCAUGUACAUUUUUGUCUUAACAUAUCAAAGCUUGGUUGGUGAAAAUACGUUUAAGAGAUGAAACCGUGAUUGGUCUGUUUUAACUCUGUGUGAGCAAGCACAGGUGUAGGUGUCCGUUUAAAUUUUCAUGGAGAAUCAUGUUUUAAGUCUGAAAAGGUAGCUUUACAUAACUUCGGUAAUGUCAGGCAAUUGGCAACAAAACAUGAUAUAAAGAGGUCUUAGAAUUUCAUUUUGCCAUAUUUGCAGUAAUUAGUGCUCCUCCUAUAAGCGCCCAUUCCCUUUUUUGGGGAGGAAUUGAAAUAAUAUAGAACCCUUCCCAGACCUGACCUUAGUGAUAGAUAGUACUUUAAAGGAGAGAUUUAUGUGUGGUGAUCAUAGCUGAAUUUUCUGUGAAGCAUGAAGCAGAUGAAAAAUUUCAUUCUCAAAUCUCCAGCUACAUUAGUGUCCUUAAGUAAUAACAACUGGUUGAAGUUGCAAAAUAUAUUUUUCAGUAACUGUUCAGUAUCCUAAUAAACACCCACUUGAAGCCAACGUUUCAGCGCCCUGGGCACUAAUUAGGCAAAUACGGUAUAUUGCUUGAUAUUGAACAAAUCAUCGCACAUGCUGUAAUAUAAUGAGUAAAAUAGAAAAAAAUGGUAUUUAUGGAAAACAGGUUAUUAUGUGAAAUGUGUUAUGAAACAUUUUGCCAUUAAUUGAAGUUUAAGUAAUAAAUACUAGAACAUGGUUUAUGAAACAACUUUUGUACAAAGCUCCUCAACUUUAUAUUUUUUGUGAGUUGGAGUUUAGUCACAACACAGUCUGAUACUUUUCGAUUUUCUCACUCAUGAUAUCCAGUUUGUUACGACCAAAACAAGAUAGCAUUGGUUUAGAGUUCCUGUCCAGCCAUGCAGCAUCCUUUUAUGUCCAACUGAUCAAUGUAACUCAGCUCCUGCCCCCAUUCGCAGGCAGGGGGAGCUGUAGCAAGUAUAUAUAGGGGUCGUUUCACAGCCCAGCUGCUUCCUGGCACCCUGUAAACCUGUAAACUCAUCAUGAACUAGAAUCGACCUUCGGCACAGCUCUAUUCCGCUGUGGGCUCCUCCAGAAUUAUGACAUAUGUCACAGGUGCUUUCACAAAGUUCAUACAGCCCUGUAGUAUAUAGACUGUCCAUAUUAUUUGCCAUAUACGGACAGUUCAAAAAUGGACAAUAUCAAAAUUCUAGGUUAGGUUAUGUGCAGUGUGUGUGUGAGUACUCUUAUGUUGCCAAACAUUGUUGUGUGAAUAAAUGCUAUGAAUCUAGA